AUGAACAUCUUUCGAAAGUUAAUACCGAAGGUCAAAUCUACAAAGUCUACUCAAGUAUCAUCAGCUGUUGCGAAAUCUCAAACGCAAGAGGGAGAAACAGCAAUUGAAGCUCGAAAGACACCAACGGUUAUAUCUUCCAAAGUUUGUCAACAUGGACUAUUUAUCUUGUAUCCUUCGCCAGAUAUACCAAACGCACAGCUUCAUUAUUCGGUCGACAUAGUUGCUGUUCACGGACUCAAUGGCAAGGCGUGGGGCACCUGGACAGACAAGGACAACCGCAUGUUAUGGUUAAAAGACUUUCUACCAGAGGAGAUACCCGAUGCUCGCAUCAUGACCUUUGGAUAUGAUUCCACUCUCAUGUUCAGUCAGUCAAAAGGAAGGAUUGAAGACUUUGCCAGAGAUCUUCUAAACCGACUAUGGAUGCUUAGGCAAUCACCACAGGCGAGAGAUUUUGAAGACUAUUGCUGUAUGAAUCUCGGUGGUAUUGUGGUCAAGAAGGCACUGGUACUCGCCCACGAACUCAAUCACCAAUACCAUAAUAUCGUCACAUCGACAAUUGGCAUCGUGUUCAUGGGCACACCGCAUCGAGGAGCGGAUAUUGUUAACUGGACAUCUUUUCUCACCAAUGCUAUCAAAGCCGUGUCUGGGAACCAGAUCGUGAGAACAGAUCUUCUCAAGGAGCUAAACACUCAUUCCUUGACUCUCCUCGAAAUUUCCAAGUCCUUUCUACCUAGGUCUUCCAAUUUGAGUAUUAUGUCUUUUAUCGAGACUCAAAUCGAACCUUCCCUAAAGGCGCUGGUAGUUCCAACAGAAUCUUCUCAGCUUGGACUCCCGAACGAGAUGGUAUUUCCUGUCAAUGAACAUCAUCGCAGUAUCUGCCGUUAUCCUUCUGCGACAGACCAGACAUAUAUGCUUGUAAAAGCUUCUAUCAAGUCAAUAUUAUUAAACACGAGCGGCAGUUUACCUUCUGAAGAUACUAAUGCCGAGUCUGAUGAGAUUAUCCUCAGAAUCAGUGGGCUUAGGUACAAGAUAUCUGCAACCAACAGAGGCUUUGAUACAUGCUCGCAAAUCCUGCAUGUCUCUGGGGACACGGAUUUCGGUGAUCUAGGAAGAAUUUUGGAAAAGCAAGCACCAGGUCAGCCACUCCUUGAUACAUGCUGUCUCAUUAUACCACAAGAUUUCAAGUUCAAGGGCUGUACUUACCCUAUUUCUCAUGAGUGGAUAGAUUGUUUCACUCUCCCAAUCCGAGUUACGAACGGCCAACCGUGCUAUAACUCUUCACUUGGCUAUCAAAUAAAUGCUCAGCAGUCUAUUGCAGCUUUUUUCAGCAAGAUUUUCCCAGAUUCUAUGGAAGCAAAGAUUCGCAAAUCUCCAAAGUUGACCCAGGACGGAGUAAAACUAUCACACUCUGUGAUGGUUGGGAAGGAUGAUGCCUCGGCUCUCCAAAUUUCCUUGAUUCGGACUGCUCGAAUUCAGGAUAGAAAGGCGACCAAGUCUCAAGUCCCAGAAGAACUGGGCACAUUUCCCUUGUUCAGCACACAGCCGUAUAAGGAUCGGCUUCCUUCGCAAGCCGCAUCGCAAGGAGGGUUGUUUUUUCCAAUGUACGAAAGGGAGGCGAUGUAUAUCGCUUUUGACUGCUUAGCUGGUAAUAAAUACGCCGUGCGUCCAUUCCUUGGAGGCAUAAAUGCAAUAUCGGGGAGAAGCCUUAUAGCCGAUCAUUCCAACUCUCCUAGAAAGCAGGACUACAUCGUUAUCCCUGAGCAAAGGAGGCUGGACGGUAUAUCAGUUCAGCCGGGCAUCGUGAAGCAGUUUGUGGCAGUGACACUGAAUCCGAAAUCAGCAAAAGACCAAAUUGCUAAAGUAUCUUUUCACAACAAGCCUAUAGCCGCUGAUCCCAAAAUAACGAAAAGGGAGGCAACUAUUGAGUGGCAAAUGACGGGCAAAGAUGAGAUUGGAGGUAUUCAACUGCAAAUCAUUCCACAGUUCAACCACAAACAGAUGUUUGCUGGGAGUAUUAAAGAUGCCUGUCCUAGGCACUUUGGCGGCAGAUUGGAGUCCUAUAGGCCCGUACCGAGCGGUGCAGCCAUAUAUGAUGUUCUGAAAACACCAGAGGAACUUGGUCUCAAUGCAGGUGAUACGAUUCACAUCCGAAAUUUCGACCAAGAGAGAAGGGGUGACCGCUCCAAGAAAAUGUUUGAUCUGCGCUUGGAAAUGCCCAACUCGUCAAACGUGUUAGAGCUAGAAGCGUUACCAGGUCCUGUCCCAGAGAUAAUUGUAUUAGUACAAAGCUCUCGAUCAGGCCAUGAUGCUAUAUCAUUCAGAGUCACUAUCCAGGAAAAGUUUGAUGCCAUUCAAAUGGCCGCACAAAGGGCGUUUCAGCUACGAAACGGUAUUUUACACAUCUCAGGCCGCGUUCACAACAACCCUGACCUCCAUCUUCCCGUAACAAGCUGGAAACAUCUCAAAUUCUUGGUGGAGCCAGAAAUAUGGAGUGAGAAAGCCCACUGGUCUACGGAUGGCUGUUAUCUUGCCAACUUCGAAAACCAGCACUCUGAUACAGAUAUUGAACAAUUGCGUAUAGGUCCAAAUGUGGAUCUCAUUCUUCUGCCGAUCGUCCCAAAACGGGUGUGCCGCAUUAUAUUCCCACAUAAUGCCAGGGCAGAAUCCAAUAACACCGUGAACCCAUUGUUGCUUGAGGUUCCUGAGGAUGCCACUGUUGAAACCUUGCGCAAAAUGCUUGAAAGAGUAACCAAAGCAUCAACGCAUGUGUUUCGAGUUACGUCUCUCAACUGCUCAGACCUGCCUAAUGAAAAUAGGAUUUUUGAUCAAGAAAAUAUUCCCGAAUGUUACUCAAUGCCGGUGCUAGCCUUUAAUAGUAGCAUCAGACUUUAUAUUAGAACACUUACUGGGAAGACUAUCUGUAUUUAUGCCUGGCCGGAGGACACGAUUGAAAAUGUCAAACUUCUAGUUCAAAGAAAGGAAGGCAUACCUCCCAAGCAACAGACAUUGGUAUCCUUUGAGGAGGGUAUAUUAUUGAAAGACGAAUUGACACUCAAUGAUUACGGCAUCAAAGGGACUGUCAAAAUAGUACUUGUUCUCCGUCUCCGAGGAGGAGGCUCUCCUGGGUUCACUACAGUAACCUUAGGCGGCUCAAAAAUCCUAGUUAGAAAAGUUACAGAUGUCAGCCAAUUAAAAGCAGAUAUUUUUCGAACUUUUGGCAUUUUCGUUCACUGUCAACAGUUCGAUCUACCAGACGAUUUCUUUCUUGCCGAUAAAUCCCUUACGCUUGAGCUUAAAUUACGUCCACAUGAGCUAGUUCCUCUGGGGAUCGGCGCUGGAGGAAAUCUCAUCCAAGAAAUUAUCAAAGACAAGUCAAACCCAGCUAUCUGGGACGUGGGAAGCUCCAAGAUUCUCUCCAUUCAUAUCAUAAAUUCGCAUGAUUUUACGACCAUUACUGGAAAACCUGCUCCCAAGGCUCCAGUUCCCAGGGAGACAUAUUUGGCCUUGAGUCUCUCGCGUGGCAAGCCUUUGAGGGGGAAGAAUUAUAAUAAAGGUAAAGGAGUCAGCUCUAACGGAGCCUUCGACAAUCUGAUUGGACUGGAUGAAGGAGAAGAAGACGACUUUAAAGACGAUUGGGGUCUAACUCUAUCUGAUACAUAUGCAAGCGAUGGUGACGAUCGUUUCCCAUUGGCAUUGCUUGAAACUGAUCAGACAGUUCCGUGGUUCCGAGGGCUUGGGCAGAAAAAAUAG